AUGAUCGUCACAGGAACGCUGACAAAUGUCGACCAAUAUCUAAACAUCAGGCUUGCAGACAUCCAAGUCUCGGAUCAGAUCACCUAUCCCCACAUGAUCAGCGUUAAGAACUGUUUCAUACGCGGAUCUGCAAUAAGAUACAUCAGCAUUGCACCAGAGUCGAUAGACACCCCAUUGCUGCAAGAGGCGUCAAGGCGAGCACUGAUAACUACAAAUUCCAAAUAA